CGGAUCGUGAAAAUGAAAGUAGAAGUGGGCGUGUAAAAACAUAAUUCUGCAAAAUGAGUGCAGCAACUGUAACAGUCAGACAGGUGAAGAACAAAGACAGUGGUGUGGAUCUGUCUGUCACAUCCUACCAUGAGACUAAGGGGAUGGUAGGCUCCACCUAUCUCUACCAGGUGAUGGUUGUGUCAUCACUUCCUUGCUUCAAAUCUGCAAAACACAAGGACGCGGAUAAUGUACAGUUCACUGUCAUGAAAAAAUUACAAGAUUUUGAAGACCUUCAUGGAAAGCUGAAUACGAAAUUCAGCGGCACAGUUUUGCCGGUACUUCCAAAGAAAGUCCUUAUGGCAAAUGAGGCUGUUGCCAAGGAAAGAAGGAAUAAUUUAGACCACUUUGUUAAAUUUAUUGCAUCGAUGCCAAAAAUUUGUACAGAUCCUUUAGUGUUAACAUUUUUGGGUGUAAGCAGUUCCAGGAGUAAGAGUGGUCAACUUCAGAAGCUGACUGUGUCUGACAGCACCGUGGAAAAGACUGAAGACAGCACGGAGGAAUCUGCCCCUCUGGAUGACAUGCCUGAACAAGAAGAGGAUCUGUUUGAGACAGGGGAAGGAGGGGGUGGGGACAGUGAGGAGGAGGACAUUUUUGGUGAUGAGCCACCUGUCUCCAACACAGGCGAUAGGAAGCUGUUUGAUGAUCCUGACCUUUCUGGUGCACUUCAGGAAGGUGAAGGGGAUGAACUAUUUAUAGAAGGUUCAAGGUCAAACACUGCGACAACACAAAAGGUCAAACCAACAGUGGAGGAUAAUGCUGAUUUAUUUGGUUCAGACAGUGAUGAAGACUUGGAUAAGAUUAUGGACAUGAAGUUGACCUCUGGACCAGAAGCCACCGACCAAUCAGAGUUGGAGGCUGAUGACAAAGCAGAUAUUGACCAAUCAGAAGACUCUGUAGUUAGCCAAUCAGACGAUACUUCUCAAAAUAACCAAUCAGAAGAGACUUCUCAAAAUAACCAAUCAGAAGAGACCAUGGUUGGAGAAGUAGAAGCUGAUCCUCCAACAAAGCCAGCAGUUACUCCUAAACCAGCAUUACCUGCAAAACCAGCUUUAUCUACAAAACCAGCUUUAAGUAAAAAACCAGGAUUACCAGGAAAACCAGCUGUGUCAACCAAGCCAACAUUGACACCAAAACCAGUGGUUAAACCAAAACCUGGAAGCCAAGACAUCAGUCCAGACAUAGCUGCAAAAAGUCCUGUAACAGAUGCUAGUGCUAAGCCUAAACCUCCUAUUAAAUCUAAGCCAGGUCUUCCUCAAAAGCCAGCACUGAAGGCUAAGCCUAAGGUAGACAGCGCUCCUGUAGUGCCUGACCAGAAAGAUGCAAAUGUUGAGACUCUGACUGAAGACGAUAUCAUGAAAUAUAUUCAAGAAAAUGUCAGCUCAGGUGGGGAUGACUUGGAUCUGUUUUCAUAAAUGAAGACUUUUGUGGAUUGAUGUUAGUGAGAAAAGGCUGUGAUACAGUGUUAUAACUUAUAAUGCCUUCCAAAGGUGGCAUAUAGGUUUGCAAAUGUUGGUGCAUCGGUAUGUUUGUCUCUCUGUCGCUUGGUAGGUAGACCAUGUCUUGUCCUAACAAUAAUAGCUUUAUCUGCUUCAGUGUAGGGUUCCGUUGAAUAGUAGAUGACCCCCUUUACAGUUUACAUGGUCAAAGGUCAAUCGUCUUAUGAAAACUAUAUCCAGAAAAUAGCUUGAAAAUUAUUUGACUGACAACCAUAAAAUGUCAGUGAGGCCCUUGACUUGUAGAAGACUUUUUAUGUUUUUGAGGUCAAAGAUCAUGGUCAAUAGUCUUUAGGUCAGGGUAAUAAUUUGAGAACAGUUUGCUGUAAGAACAUUUAAUUUCAGACGUAGGUUGCCCUAGAUGAACCCUGUUGUUUUUAAAGUCAGUAGGUCAAACUUAAGGGGUCUUAUAAAAAAUAGUGUGUACAACAACUUGGUCAAGGUCAACGGUGAUAUGUAUGAAAACUGCCAUCACAAUAACUUAAUAACAAUUUAAAAUAUGAUCAUAAAACUUCAAUUUUAGGGAGUUGGGUCAGUAGACCAAAUGUCAAGGUCAUGGUCAACAGUCUUGUGAACACCUUGUCUCUUCCUCAUUUUCAUGGAAUCUUUGUGCAGCUAUUAAUAAUCAUUGCAUUUCUUCAUAAAACUUUUCCAUGUUUUGAAGCGGGGCUCAGGGGGCAUAAUGUUUGACAAACAUAUCUUAUUACAUUUCUUUUUAUUGGACAUAGGUUUGUUGAAACUAAACCUCAUAAAUAUGCUUUUCUCUUUAGUGUGUUGAACAUCACUUGUUUAAGUAUAUGACAUGUUCAAUUAUAUCAUGUUAGAGAUUGUCUUAGAUAUUAAACAUACAGCAUGUGAAGUAUUAUUUUUUAUUCCAAAAUGACUCCUACUGCAAUAUAGCUUGUGCAAUAACUAUGGUUUUGAUGUACAGUGUGCAAAAUGUAUAUUGUUAUAAUUGAUAACAGAUUUAAAAAUGAUCAUAUGUGAAUAAAUUUAUAAGAAAAUUAACUUUUGUUGUAUU